AACAAAUGAACAAAGGCCGAAAACACUUUUGCACUUCAGAAAACAAAAAAACAAAAAACAAAACACUUUUACAUUUCAGAAAACACAUUAACAAAAGCGGAAACACUUUCACAAAAGACGACACUAAUUACAAUUGAGACAACGCGGAAAGGGAAUGUCCCAUUUCACAGACAUUCUUAGAAAUCCCACGGCCUUUCUCGACAAAAGAAAAUGUGUUGAUAAAUGUGCGUGUGUUUGUGCACGUGUGCAUGUGCGUAUGUGUGUUUGUGUGUGUAGGUGUGUGUGCGUGUGUGUGUGUGUGUGUGUAAAAGACAUUAACAUCAGUAUGCAUGUCACAGGUCACAGGUCCCUGCAGCAAAGGAGUGGUGUGAUUUAGGUGUGAGAGGAUGGACAAACUCAGAGAGAGCAGAUUGUCAUUUGGUCUUUGGUCUCUAGCUUGGAUGGUGUCUCUGGAGGCCAGCUGCCACCUUGCCACUGAGGUUCUAAGCUGGUUUGAGCUGGGUUUUCUUUUUGGGCAGUAGUAUUCCCUGCUAACCUCAAUUGCUGGAUAUCAAUUGUAUCAGAUGAGGGGUGGAGUGGCGGGGGAUUAACAUGUCCCCUCCUCUCAAGAGUUGUGAUGUACAUCUGAAGUUGCCAAGAUUUGUUUCCCCUGAUAUGACCCUGGUGAGCUAGAAUAUCGAUUCAAAACCAUGGGUCCAAUAGCUCAGAAAACAUUGAGCAAUACCUGUCAUCCAUUAGGAGAGGUAAUCCCCCCCCCACACACACACUUACUGUUGCUCGUGCAUCCGUCAGUGACCAAUCAGCAACUAUGCUUUUACCAGCACUCCUCUCGCCUGCAGUGGGUAAACAUAUGUGUUUGCCACAUUGUUUGUCAAUGCCAGUUGCUUAACCAUUUAUCAGUGCUUGCUGAGCAUCUACACCUGGGCAGUUGGCCUGUUUUGGCCUCAGUGGGUUUUAAACACCAUUUUAUCCACUAUAACAGCUCUGUCUUUUCCCUCUGCUGUAUAAUGCCAGAUUUUAACAACUUUUGUUGCAUUUAUGCCAAAUGUCAAGCAAGAAAUUGAGGAAAGGGGACAUCUCUCCCCAGGGGCAAGGCUGGGCAGAUACUAUGAAGGAGUACUGAGGACAGAGGGGAGGAGUAAAAAUCCUGCUCAGCACUUUGCAGUUAGGGAGGUGAAUUAGUGCGGAACCCACUGUUCAGUCAGAACUUUAGGCUGCAGCUCAAGGGAUCACCAGCUUGACUUUUUUUGGACCAGCAAAAGUUCCAUGCAGAAACAUCCUGAUACAUGUUGGUUUUUUUUCAUCAGAAUUUUGGGCUAUUCUCACUGAAUCAUACAGGUGGCAACAUGUUAGAACAGGUUCUGUCAUUUGGCCGUUCCCUGGUGCGCCGCAAGUUGGUUGACCUUAACAGUUUGGAGGACUCCAAGCUCUGUCGUUGCCUGGGAACUGUGGACCUGAUCGCCCUGGGAGUGGGCAGCACUCUGGGUGCAGGUGUCUAUGUCCUGGCCGGAGAAGUAGCCAAGGGAGACUCUGGACCCAGCAUAGUCAUCUCCUUCCUCAUUGCUGCCCUGGCCUCCGUCAUGGCUGGCCUUUGUUAUGCUGAGUUUGGAGCUCGCGUCCCAAAGACCGGUUCUGCUUACCUUUACAGUUAUGUGACUGUAGGGGAGAUCUGGGCCUUUAUCACGGGUUGGAACCUGAUCCUCUCCUAUGUGAUUGGUACCUCCUCAGUAGCUCGAGCCUGGAGCGGAACAUUUGAUGAAAUGACAGGAGGACAUAUUGAAAUAUUUUGUAAAACUUACUUCAGCAUGAACUCUCCCGGUCUGGCUCAGUACCCUGACUUCUUUGCAGUCUGUCUGAUUCUGCUGCUGUCUGGACUCCUGUCAUUUGGGGUGAAGGAGUCAGCCUGGGUCAAUAAAGUCUUCACCUCUGUCAAUGUGCUCGUACUCCUCUUCGUCAUCAUCUCUGGCUUUGUCAAAGGAGACACAAACAACUGGAAGAUAACAGAAGAAUCUUUAGUAAAUGUCACGAUAGUUGCCAGGAACUUAUCAGUCAUGGGCAACGUGAGCAGUGAUUAUGGAGCUGGAGGAUUCAUGCCAUACGGUUUCAGUGGGACAUUAGCAGGAGCCGCCACCUGCUUCUAUGCUUUUGUCGGCUUUGACUGCAUAGCAACUACAGGUGAGGAGGUGAAGAACCCUCAGAGAGCCAUUCCCAUCGGUAUUGUGAUAUCACUUACUGUGUGUUUCCUGGCGUACUUUGGUGUUUCGGCCGCACUCACACUCAUGAUGCCUUACUACCUGUUGGAUGAGAAAAGCCCUCUGCCCAUGGCUUUUGAAUAUGUGGGAUGGAGCCCUGCCAAAUAUGUGGUCGCUGUAGGUUCGCUAUGUGCCCUGUCUACCAGUCUGCUGGGCUCCAUUUUCCCUAUGCCUCGUGUAAUCUAUGCUAUGGCAGCGGAUGGGGUGCUUUUCAAAGCCUUAGCCCGAAUCAAUCCUAAGACGAAGACCCCCCUUAUUGCCACUAUGAGCUCCGGUGUCGUAGCAGCCAUCAUGGCUUUCCUGUUUGACCUCAAAGCGCUGGUCGACAUGAUGUCUAUUGGAACUCUGCUGGCCUACUCACUGGUUGCUGUGUGUGUACUGAUUCUCAGGUACCAGCCAGAUGGAGCUUUGGAGGGGAAAAGGGGUGGUGGCUGUAAAAGGGACUAUCUGUCCUCUGAGGAGUGCGAGUCUGAACUGACCGAAUCUGAGUCCCACCUCAACACCCUAAAAGCAGAAGGCUCAGUUCUGCUUGCAGUCCUGCACCCACCUGCCUCUCCCUCUGAGCAUUCAUCUAGCGUAGUCAACAUUUCCAUUUGUGUGCUAGUGCUGCUGACAUGUGUGAUCAGCUAUCUGACCACUUACCACAUCGACUCCAUCAUUGAUAUAGAAGUGUGGAUCCUGGCAUCACUGUCUGUGUGUCUCCUUGUCUUUGGUGGCUGCGUCGUAAUGAUCUGCAGACAGCCUCAGACCACUCAGAAGGUUUCCUUCAUGGUCCCCCUUUUGCCAUUUCUGCCUAUCCUCAGCAUAUUUGUUAAUAUUUACCUCAUGGUUCAACUGAGUGGAGACACCUGGAUACGUUUUUCAGUGUGGAUGGCGCUAGGCUUCUUGAUCUACUUCAGUUACGGCAUGUGGCACAGUGUGGAGCGCCGGCGCCUUCUCCAGGGCAACAGCAGCAGUGCCAAGCAGGCUGGCUCGGCAGCAGUAGAGAAGGAACAGGAGCAGUUCAUCUGCCCAGAGAAGACCAGUCAGUUUUAAGGUUACUCAAUUUUACUGCUAAUAGACUGUGAGGUGAACGCAGGCCCAACACACAUGUAACUACUGUAAGCCUUGAGUAACUUGUAGAAACAGCUUCGCCAACGUGGUCCUCGCUACAUUCAGUCUGUGAAAGCCAUGUCAGUAUUUUGUGUGAUGAGGAGCUCCUCUAUUCUGAUCUCUUUCACUGUGAUGGACCACACACACUGCAAGGAGACAUUGUGUUUAGAGCACAAUGGAAAGGACAGGUAACACACUGGAGAGUGACUUUCCCGCAGACUAAAGCAGUCAGAGGAAGACUGAGAUUUUUUUUUUACUAUGGACGUUACGUUAGAGAUUUAGCGUAUCAUUAUAAGCAGAUUGACUUUUUAAACUUUUUUUAAAAUUCCUGUCUUCAUUUAAUGGUGUAUUUUAUUUUUAGGCUUUUGAUACAACAAUUAGGUACACCUGCACAAACUAAAGCAGUACCACUGUGAACUAAAACCACCAAAACACAUUAAAGCAAUAUCUCUCUGGCAAUGACCAUCCAAACUGAACAUUUGUAUCUCUGCAAAUUCAGAUUUAUUGAUACAGCUCUUGCAAUACAUAUCAUUACAGUAUUCAGGUGUACCUAAUGUGGUGACUGGUGAGCGUGGUUUGGUGUGAUUUGCAGUCUUAUUUUAGAAGGCCUUUGUUUGUUGCUUUGAUUCUUGAAAUACCAGAAGAGGCACAAGGUGCCUGUUAGUGCCUUGUGACGAUAAAUAGUCCUUGUAUUCUCAGCUGCUGUCACAAAGGGUCUUAUUUAGCUGCCUUUCUGAAGAAUAUGUAUAAUGUUUCAAUUGUUACAGUCCGAAUAAAUGAUGUUAUUUGACAACAAAUUAUUACAGUAUGUAUGUGUGUUCAAUUUGUUAUCACACUAUGACAAACUGGGCUUUAAUACUGUACACUACUAAUGCAGAAUAAAUUAAAUAUUAUGUUUCCCAAA